AUGAAGUACAUUUUCUCCAUUCUCGCUCUGGCGACCUUUGCUCUUGCAGGACCAAUCCCUCAAACCAGUUACCAGAGUUAUGGCGACUACAAGGACGUGCCUCCUCCAGCUGGUGGAUACGGAAACUACGGAUCCUACAAGAAGCAGUAA